AUGGACACCCACGCCCAGCAAAACCCCCUGUUCCGCGCCCUCGACAUCAUCCUGGCCUACCUCAACCACGGCAACUCCCUCCCCGAGAUCAAGGUCCUCGCCUCCGACGCCGAAGCCUGGUGCCAGCACCACCACCACCUCCUCCUCCCCGCCCUCCCCUUUGACAACGACAACAACAACAACUACAGCAGCCCUGCGACAACAGACCUCGACGACGUCCUCCGUGCGCACCCGAACCUCUUCGACCUCAGCAUCCGCUCCUCCGCCCGCCUCUACGCCUUCGACGGCAUCUCCCCCUCCUCCUCCUCCUCCUCCCCGACCCAAACACCCUCCCCAACCCAGAGAACAACCGCAACACUCGUCCUCUCCCCCUGCCCAGUAAACCCCCACGCCCACGCUCCCAACGACGCUCACACAUACACGAGUCCCUCUCCCCUGCUCAUCACAGCGCAGCACUUCUUCUCCGCCAUCCUCGACGCCUACACCCUCUCCGUCGGCGGCGGCGGUAGCGAAAAAAGCAAAAGGCCGUCCUCCUCCUCCCACGACGACGACGACGACGACCACCACCACGUCGUAGUAGCAGUAGUAGUAGCCCAGGACCUCAAGGCCUCACCCAUCAUCUACUACAUGCCCGAGGUCGUCCGCCGCAUCGCCGCGCUGGAUGCGCGCGACCUGCUGACCACGCAGUUCUCGACGUUUAGCCCAAAGACGAGUUUGGGCUUUUCGUGCUAUCUGGGCAAGAAUAAGGGGUUUGAUGUCGUCAUGAUGGAUGCUCCUCCUCCGCCCGUUGUGUGCCCCGGAGAAGGGGAUUCUCGUGUCGAAUUCAUGGACGUUGAUGAUGAUGCUGGUCCUGCUGCUGCUGAUGCUAACAGACAAAGACUUAGACAAACACCUAAGCUGCAGAGUUAG